AUGGCGGUGCGCGGCUGGGGGGCGACCCUUCUCCGCAGACGCCGCUCCAGCACCCUGAGCUCCGUGUCCCGCGGCAGCGCAGCGUCCGACCAGCGGCUGCUCGCCGGCCUCACGCCCUCCCACUCCGGCCCCCUGGCGGUGCGCGCCCAGCCCAAGGGGGAGCUCAAGCCGGACGGCCCGGGGAAGGGGCCAGCGGAGGGCGCCGGGCCGGGCCGCCACCUCUUCAUCUGCGAGCUGUGCGGGAGGUGUAAGUGCGAGGAGUGCGGCGCCCCCCGGGGGCUGCCCUCCUGCUGGGCGUGCGGCCAGCGCUGCGUCUGCUCGCCGGAGAGCGUGGUGGAGCACGCCACCUGCCUGUGCUGCGUCAAGGGCCUCUUCUACCACUGCUCGGCCGACGACGAGGACAACUGCGCGGACCGGCCCUGCUCCUGCCAGCAGGCCCACGCCUGCGCCCGCUGGGGGGCCAUGGGCCUGCUGUCCCUCUGCCUGCCCUGCCUCUGCUGCUACCCGCCGGCCAGGGCCUGCCUCGCGCUCUGCCAGCGGGGCUACGACCACGCCAAGAGGCCCGGCUGCCGCUGCGGCAACACCAACACCGUGUGCCGCAAGAUCUCCUCCUCCUCCUCCUCCAACCCCGCCCCCUUCCCCAAAGCCACGGACAAGCCCGUAUGACGAGCGGCGGCGCCGCGGCAACGCCACGCCUCCGCCCCCCCGCCUCUUAGCGAGGGCCCCCCCCCGACCGCAAGCUUACAGAACCAGCCUCCGCAAACUGGACCCCCCCAUACACGUGCAUCUGCAGAAACACCCAGCUACCACGUCUGUAAGCUUGUUUCGGCUCAAGGGUUUAUUUAUUCACAUAUUUAUGAAAUUAUUUAUUGUCUGUUUUUUUUUUUCCAACCGGGAGAAUUAUAGUGCUUCACGUUACACCACCCCCGGAGGUUGAGGAAACUUUAAUUAGACGCCCCCCCCCCACACGAAGCCCCCGCAACAGGCAGGGAUGUUCGUUUCUGCUCACGCGCUGGAAAGGCGUGCUGGCUCGGCGUGGGGGGCGUGGGGGGGCAGUAAUCUGGGAGGAGAAGGAAAAUUCCCAUGGAUUGCCUGAUGGAAUCCGGAAGCUGGGACAAAAGCAAUCAGGAAUCCCGGGACCGUCCGCAGCCACCUUCCAUGGGACGCUAGGAGCAGGACUACCGGAGAGCUUGACGAGAGACGCAGUCCCCUGGUUCGACGGUGACCCCCCUGUCCAGGAGCCCCCAGGCCUGCGCCCCUGGUGGGGGUUUCCCUGAUUUUCAGAAGCGCUUUCUCGGAGAGCAGGCGUCCCGGGUCUGUGCCUGCCAGCCACAUGCCGGGCUCCUGCUGCUGCUGCUGCGUCCUCGCCGGUCCCUUUCACGAGUCGGGGCUCCUGCCACCCCCAGGAAACCGUGGCGAUGCAGCGGUGGGGGGUGUGGAUCUUUCGGGGCUUCGGGGUCUCUGCUGCAAACCGCAGCCCCGAGAACAGUGCCAAAGAUUGGCGGCUCCUGGCUGUGCCCUUUUCCAAUCGGCAGGAGCUGGCGUGCAGAGCUGGGCCGAAUCGGGGAACGGAUCGCAAAGGACAUUCUCCUCGGGCAGGAUAUUCCCUCCAGCAGACUGCCGGGCCAGGGAGACCGUGCUGUAGCCCCGGUUCUCCUCGGGGGGGGGGGGCGCGCCGUUGUGAAUGGCCCCCCUAGCGGCGCGGCAGCGAGCCUGAAACGAGAGAUGGGACUCAGGCCAAUCCGAUCUGCUAGAGAGAAACCAGGCUAGUCUGCACAGAUCCCUGGAGAGAGGAUUGGCCAGGAGCACGCAGUAGGGCUGGAGAUUGAAAAGUGACACGCAGUGUGUACUAUAUAUGUACAUAUAUAUAUAUAUCUGCAGAUUAAUCUUAUUUGUUAGAAUUACUUUGAUAUAUUUUUGUAUGUAAAUAUUAUUAUAGUUGUUAUUAUUAUAAUUCUUCUUCUUCUUAUUGAUAUGAACUUGAGUCUGUCAGAAGCCUGGUCAUCCCUUUGCUUUGAAAUAGUUUUGUAUUGUGGGGGAGACGUCUCUCUGUGAAAGGACUUCUGGAACUGGAGCGUCACACGAAGUCACCGAAGGAGCGCUGAGCCGAUGGCGUCCAGUGAUGACCGAGGAGUUUGGCGCCUUCGCGUAUUUUUAGAAAAUGCUGAGCUGCUUUUAUCCAUUUCAGGUCUGGCGGGAUGCGGGCUGCCCUCUCAUCCGCCAACAGCAGGUGCUGGGUGUUUCAGGCUUGUUACUGUGUUGAGUAAACGUGCGCUGUCUUUACGUGUUCAGUUAAAAGAAAACACUUUGCUUCUCCGCUACAUCAGCACAACCGGAACAGGAGCCCAGUCUGAAAUGGAUGAAACUGGUCCAGGGCACUUCACUGCAUCUGUUGCUACUACUGCUCAUUUGGAUGAAGGCCUUUGUUGAAAGCAACAUAGGGGAAAAUAAUUUAAAAAAAAACUUAAAAAACAUUUCCUAGUAAGGCUGCCACACUGGUCACAUGUGAUCUAGGACUCCCUAGGGCAAGAGGCCACAGAGCUCAGACAACUCUUGCGGUGACUACUGUGGAUGUCGCUGGCCUGUACAGCCCUUUCAAUAAAAAGUUAAUUGUACACCUUUUGUGCAGGGCCUUUCACAGAUCUCCUGUUGUUGCCCUGGUCAAAAACACUUCCCCUCCACAAUGCAACAAGAAAGCUCCUGUCCUCCAGCCAGCAUUCCUGAACAGGCCUGUGUGAUCGGAGGGCCUAGUCAGUGGAUACUGCCGCACCGAUGAGGACACGUGCGUUAUACAGUAUCAGUACAUGCAUUUAAAGGAAUGUGUUCAUGGUGCAGUGUGCAGGCUGUAGGUUAACCACUACCAAUUCCCCAGGUGUUAGUCAGUAUUGCUUUGGUACAAUUGGCAUCUUGUAUGUUGUAAAAAUAAAAAGUAUAUAAAUAUAUAUAAAUAUAUAAAUAUGAAUUUUACACUUAUUUUUGUUCCUUUGCCAAUGUUGUCGACGAGUCACAGAUAUUUAUUUAAGCCGUUGAUAUGAAAGUAAAAUAUUUAUUUAAAGAUGAAAGAAAAGCCCCUUGUCCUGUUUUUUUGCCUUUGGUUUGGUUUCUGCGAAAAUGAUCUGGCAGUGGGAGCGAUCUCCGCUGCAGGUUGUUAAUAAAAGUCCUUUCCAAACGGU